AAUCGCCGCACCAGCGUACCAGCAUAGCCUGCGACCUUGUGCUCCGCAUCAAACCCUUAAUUUUCUCAUUUUAUAUGACUGUGAUAAUCAUUCAUAAGUCUGACUGUGAGUACAUCUUUCUAUCCCUCUAGUCGUAUGACGUGCAUUUAUCUUGUAAGAACAGUCCAGAGAGCUGCGUCCGUAAUAGUGCCUACCAUUUAGGAAAAGUUAUCUUAAAGGAUCGAGGCUCAGAACAAUCAGAACGCAAACAUGUCAGACAAUGAAGAGGGAACGCCACAGCCCGAGCUCGAAAAACACAUCUUUUUAAGCACGCUCGACUCGUACCUCGGUCGGAAUUUAGCUGAGCUUUUCACUGGUCAAGUGCAAGCUGUUGUUCCAGAGGAAGAGGAAGAAGUAGAAAACGAAGAAAAUGACGAAGCUGAACAAGAAAAGAAAUCGCUGACCACAAUUCAUGGUGUGCUGAGGCACGAGAAAACUGUUUCAGAUCCCUCAGGGACGCUUGUACUGACAGCAGCUCAAGCAGCAGAUAGGGACACCUUGUUGGCUUGUUUAGAACUAUGCGAGGUCAUCAUUUAUGACAUAACCUCCGGAGGACAGGAGCUAGUCGAGGAAGCCACCUGGGCAGUGGAGACUUUGCAUGAUCGACUGGAGCUAUGGCCAAAAAGGAAGGUGUUCAUAUUGAUCUCGACCGUAAUGACAUGGGCCAAAACGAAGCCGCUGGAUCCGGACGAUCCAGACUCGCCGUUCACAGAGGACGACUAUCGACGCCGGCGACCACAUCCACACUUCCAGGAGCAUCUCAACUGCGAAAAGACAACGUUUGCGCUGGGCAAGACCAACAAAAAGAAGUUCAAAACCUACGUCAUCGCAGCGGGUGCAACAUUUGGGAAGGGCGAGGACAUCUUCCACUCGUGGAUGAAGCAGGCAUGGCACAACGAAAAGGAGCUGACCAUUUUCGGUCGCGGCAACAACGUGGUCCCAACUAUCCACAUCCUGGACCUGGCACAAGUUGUGCAGUGCGUCUUCGACACGCGCCCCACCACACGCUACAUCCUGGCCGUGGACGGCCUCUCGAACACGCAGCGGGAGAUCGUGAAGGCCAUCAGCUCCGAGCUGUCCACCGGGCAGGUGAAGAGGGCCGACAAGGAGGACGUGUUCCUCACCGACCUGAACCUGCUGCACGCUGACCUUGUAACGACGGACCUCAAGAUGGAGAGCAUGUUCCUGGCGGACAACAUCGAGGAGCGACGCUCCGAGAGUGGCUUUGUCGAGGGAAUAGCGGACGUCGUCAAAGAGUUUCGGACGGAACGGAAGCUCCAGCCGAUGCGGAUUUGCAUCCUUGGGCCACCGGUAUCCGGCAAAACUUUUCUGGCAGAGAAGCUGUGUAAAAUUUACAAGCUACAUCAUCUUCACUUGAGCGAGAUCAUUGAGGCGGCGAUCAAGAAUCUUGAGGAGAUUGCGCACCCACCGGUCAAAGACCCGCCUCCAGUGACCCUGCCUGACGAGCCGGAGGGCGAUGGUGAAAGUCCCACGCUCGGAGAGGAAGAGGAGGAGGAAGACGAGGAAAACGCUGACAUCGACGCAGAAAUCGAAGAGGAGGAAGAAGAGGAAGAGGACGAGGAGAAAAUGACCCCAGAGGAGGCGGCCGAGCUGCUCCUUGAGAUCGAGGAGCAGCGUGCCGCUAACCACGAUAACCGCCUAGACGACGCCACCGUGCUCCAAUUCGUGGAAGAGCGCAUCCGAUCUAAGCCGUGCCGAAACCAGGGAUUUGUGCUCGACGGAUUUCCGAAGCUGGUGGAGCAGGCGGAGGCCCUAUUCGGUGUCGACGAGGAGGCAGAUGAUGCACCAGCCGAGGGAGAGCCGGCCUACAAUCGUGCCACCAUGCCAGAGCUGGUGAUUGCUCUAGACGCGCCUGACGAGUUCCUCUGUGAGCGAGCCAUCAACCUACCUGAGGAGAAGGUGCAGGGCACGCACUGGACAGAGGAGGCCGUGCUGCGCCGGCUCACCGAGUACCGGGCCAACAAUCGCGAGGACGUAACCGUUCUCAACUUCUUCGACGAGCUCGAGGUGCACCCACUGCUGAUCGACGUGACCAAAGACGAGAGCGAGGGUAUGGAGGACACGUGCCGGCUGCUGCAGAAGCGACUGGGCGCGCCGCGCAACUACGGCCUCACCAAGGAGGAGGCGGAGGAGAAGCGGCAGCGCCAGGAGGCCGAGAGGCUGGAGCAGGAGCACCAAGCUCGCGAGGAGGCCGAGCGGUGCGCCCGCGAGGAGAUGGACAGCCGCCGCCGCGAGCAGAUGGUCUGGAUGGAGCGGCUGACAGAGGUGAAGCGACAGGAACUUGAGGCGCUGGAAGCGCGCUCACUGCCUCUGCGCAGCUACCUCAUGAAACACGUCAUACCGACGCUAACACAGGGUCUCUUGGAGUGCGCCAAAGUGAAACCCGAAGACCCCGUCGACUAUCUAGCCGAGUAUUUGUUUACCAACAACCCUCAGACCAAUCUGGUCGAGUGGGAGGAGUUGCAGAAGAGCAAGCUGGAGGCCAAGGAGGCGGCGCGGAAGCAGAUGAUGGACAAGUGGCUGGCGGAGGACACGGUUGAGCACGUGGGGCGUGAGGCUCCCGUGGCCGAGGGCGGCACGGAGCCUGAUGCUUCCGAGCACACCUCAGCGAACACCUCCCACGAGACGGUUGAUGCGAGCCCUAAGUAAGAUGGUCGGAUGAUGGAAGGUCAAACGCCAGGCUAUUGUGUGUGAAUAGCGGUGUGCCAUUGGUACAAAUCCUGUUAUGAAAUGAUGCCUCUUUAAACGUUCAAGAAAGGGGAAUAAUACAUUUAAAAUGUUGCCAUCCAAAACAACAAUUACAUAUCCCAUAAACACUAUGUCGACGAUUUGAUAACAAGAAGUCUGAUCAGCACGAAAAACAAGGUAGCGGCGGGCGACUCUGCGACACUGGGAUAUUUGCGGAGCUGCAAUUUACCAAGCGAUACGGAAUAUGGCGUUUAAUGUGUUACCCAUGCCGUUUGAGAUUCAUUCGGUAUGCGUCAUUUCAAAUUGUAAAUAACUCGAUGUAAAUAUUGUUUCCUGAUAGCCCAUGUUACCUACGUUGUAUCACGUUGAUGUAUUGACUGAUGCACUGGACGUUUAUUACCGAAAUGCAUAAAUGAGUACGGUCUUGA